AUGUCGAUUUGGAGACAUUACGCCAACUAUUUUCCCGUCAAAUUAGUCAAAACCGAGGACUUGGAUCCCGAGAGGAACUACAUGUUUGUGUGUCACCCGCACGGCGUAAUGUUGUGCUCACAUAUGGCUAACUUUGGCACUGAGGGCACCGGUUUCUCACGAUAUUUCCCCGGUCUUACCCCUCAUUUACUAACACUGGAGAGUGUAUUAAGUCAGCCAUUUAAAAGGGAACUGUUACUUUCUAUGGGCCGAGGGUUGUUUGGAUUCCCGGGGAUAUUGCCGUAUAGAGUGCCCAUCACUACAGUCGUUGGUAAACCCAUGGAUGUGCCGCUAAUACCGGAGCCAUCGCGCGAACAAAUCGCUGAAUAUCACCGAAAAUAUAUCCAAUGCGGUCGUAUAAGCCAUUGGGUGAGGAAUAUGUCGUUUUGGAAACACUGCGCCAACUAUUUUCCCGUCAAAUUAGUCAAAACCGAGGACUUGGAUCCCGAGAGGAACUACAUGUUUGUGUGUCACCCGCACGGCGUAAUGUUGUGCUCACAUAUGGCUAACUUUGGCACUGAGGGCACCGGCUUUUCUCGACUAUUCCCCGGCCUUACCCCUCAUAUACUAACACUAGAGAGUCUAUUACGGGAGCCAUUCAGGAGGGAACUGUUACUUGCUAUGGGACAGGUAUUGGCACUGAUUGUAGGCGGCGUUCUCGAGUCAUUUGACACGAUUCCCAAUACAAUGAGAUUAACGUUAAAUAAUAGGUUCGGGUUCGUUAAACUGGCACUCGAGCACGGACUCUAUAAUCAGAAAAUUCCAGAUGUGGAUGAUCCGGGUCUUUGGAAACUCGGCAGGUGGGUGUUUAGAUUGCCGACAUUAUUGCCGUAUAGAGUGCCCAUCACUACAGUCGUAGGUAAACCCAUGGAUGUGCCGCUAAUACCGGAGCCAUCGCGCGAACAGAUCGCAGAAUAUCACCGAAAAUAUAUCCAA